AUGGGUCUUUCCAAAUCCAUAUGCAUGGUCAUUUUUUCUUUGUUCUUUUUCAGUUUCCUUGCGGGAAACGCCAAGAAUCCGAUCUUAGUCAAUGAAAACUGUUCAAAUGCAAGAAACUUCACGAAAGAUAGCAAAUAUGAAUUCAAUCUAAAUGAUAUGCUCACAAAACUAUCUGUCUCCUCAAACUCAUCCUCUGCCUCUGGUUUCUACACGGAGACAUCAGGAGUCGAUCCCAACAUCGUGGAAGGCAUGUUACUCUGCCUAGGUGAUGUCUCUGUUGAAGAUUGUAGAGACUGCGUCAUUACCGCUUCCAAGGCUAUCACUAAAACUUGCAGUGUACAGAAAACAGCGAUUACGUGGUACGAUAACUGCAUGCUGCGUUACUCUGAUGUCAAAAUCAUUGGUAAAAUGGAGACAGUUCCCUCGUACAUGAGCGUGGGAACUAUUACCGAUCACGAUUUGUAUGUAAAGUCCAUUAACUUGAUGAAAAAGUUAAUAGACAAGGUAAAUCAGUCAGCGCAACUUUAUGCAGAUGAGGAAGUAGAUGGUGGUGACACAAAGUUGGGAAAGAUUCAUGGGAUGGUACAGUGCAUAAUAGGCAUAAACGCUACCGAUUGUGUUACUUGCUUGAACACUUUGAUGGAAAAAGUUUACAAAGAAAACAAAGACAAGGUGUGGUGGCAAAUGUAUGGUCCGAGCUGUAUGUUGAGGGGUUGA